GGGGACGCGUGCGCUCUGACCCCCGCCCCCCCAUCCCCGGGCGGCACCAUGAGGCCCCUGUGGCUGUGCUGGGCGCUCUGGGCGCUGUCCCUGACGGGCCCCGGGGCCGCCCUGACCGGGGAGCAGGUGCGGGCCAGCCUGCUGCGGCAGCUGGGCCUGCGCGAGGCGCCCGUCCUGGACCGGCGCGACGUGGAGGGGCUGGUCACCCCGGCCCACGUGAGGGCCCAGUACGUGGCCCUGCUGCGGCGCAGCCACGGCGCCCACUCCCGCGGGAAGAGGUUCAGCCAGAGAGUCCGAGAGGUGGCGGGCAGGUUGCUGGCGGCCGAGGCCUCCACGCACGUGCUGGUGUUCGGCAUGGAGGGGCGCCUGCCCCCGAACAGCGAGCUGGUGCAGGCCGUGCUGCGCCUCUUCCAGGAGCCGGUCCCCAAGGCCGCGCUGCGCAGGCUCGAGCGGCUGUCCCCGCACGGCGCCCGCGCCCGCGUCACCGUCGAGUGGCUGCGCAUCCACGAGGACAGCUCGAACCGCACCUACCUGGUGGACUCCAGGCUGGUGUCCCUCCAGGGGAGUGGCUGGAAGGCCUUCGACGUGACCGAGGCCGUGAACUUCUGGCGCCAGCUGGGCCGGUCUGGGCAGCCGCUGCUGCUGCAGGUGUCCGUGCAGAGGGCGCACCUGGGCCCGCGGGCCUCGGGCGCCCACACGCUGCUCCGCUUCGCGUCCCAGGGCCAGGAGGGCACGGGGCAGGGCGAGCCCCAGCUGGAGCUGCACACCCUGGACCUCGGGGCCUACGGAGCUCAGGGCGACUGUGACCCCGAGGCGCCGGCGGCGGAGGGCGCCCGCUGCUGCCGCCAGGAGACCUACGUUGACCUGCGGGGCAUGCGGUGGGCCGAGAACUGGGUCCUGGAGCCCCCGGGCUUCCUGGCCUACGAGUGUGUGGGCGCGUGCCAGCAGCCCCCGGAGCCCCCGACCUUCAGGCGGCCGUUCCCGGGGCCGCGACAGUGCGUCGCCUCGGAGACGACCUCGCUGCCCCUGAUCGUGGGCGUCAAGGAGGGCGGCAGGCCCAGGCCCCAGGUGGUCAGCCUGCCCAACAUGAGGGUGGAGAAGUGCAGCUGCGCGUGGGACGGGGCGCCCGUGCCCAGGAGGCUGGGGCCUUAGGGCUGGCCGUGGCCACCGAGGUCUCCG